UUUCCUGUUCUCUGUCCAUUUCGUCCACAUCUGCUCAGCACCCAAUCCAUCUAAUGCAGUUUCCCUCGGCUUGAUCUCGCGUCAUUCACGCCGCCUCCCCUCCCCACCGUCUCCCUCUCUCCCUCGCUCGCUCGCUCGCUGCACAGGUGAUGUCAUUCUUUUUCAGCUGGAUUCUCUUCCCUUCUCCCUCCUCCCUCCCUCACACUCUCUCCUCCGUUUCUCCCCAUUAGCAGCUGGCUCUCCACAGCGCAGCAUCCUAUCCACUGUAGCUUCUCUCCGAGGGCGGGAGAGAAGAGGAAGAAUGCCGGUGUGAGGUGUGAGCGCUAACCAGGGAAGAGAGCUGGGUUAAGGGGAGUGGGAUCACUGGGCCCUGCCAUGGAGCUGCAUCACUGGGCACGCACAUGCACCGGAGCCCUGUAGAGAUAAUAGAGUUGCAAAGAGACAGAGAGAAGAGUUUGACAGACGUUGAGUGAGGAGAAGAGGACAGCUGCAGGCAAAGGAUCCAGAUUUUAUUUUGGAGGUGAGAGGAGACUGUUUGGAGGACUUUAAGCCAGGCAAGAGGAUUUAUCCCAGGGGGCUGCAGAUGCACAGACAAGCCCCUCUUUUUACCUAGCACUGGCUCAUCUAUUAAGGAGAGGAACAUCUGCUUCUCUAGAGGACAUUGAAGAAAUUACUUCAUGAGUUUCUACCUUUUAACUUUCAAAAGAAAAAUCUACUGAAUUUGGAUUUUAGGUUGGCUUUAUCUUGGACCACGCGGCUCUGGAAUCAGUUUUGAAUAUUCUGCAUAUUUAAAAAUUUUAGGAGUUUUUUAAGGAACAUUUUAAGCUUCUUUGUUGCAGAUCCUCCAAAUGCGUACGUAGUGGAGACAAAGCUUGACAUAUAAAUGGAUCUGUCUUGAGUUGAAGUCUUCCUCUACAGCGACAUCUGUCCAGCCAAUAUUCUACCUUUUACUGCCAAUUCAGCACGGAGGGUUUUUUAAAUCAGAGAAAGGAGAAAACACCCUCUGGACAAUUGUCUUCUUGCAGCAGGGAGAGAGUCUCUUGCCCCCCUCUUUUAUUUAUUUUUUCUUCAUCUCUUGGUGAACGAGGGGAAACUUCCCCUCGCUGGCACCCUCCCUCCUGUGGAAAUGGCUUUCCUGGUCCGUUGCUAUGCCAACUGCUUGCAGCCGUGGUCCUCCAAACUUCCUGCGGACCUCAAUAAGAUGCACCUAACAGACCACGCCCAUCAGCAGCUGAUGCACAUGGCCCCCAGCCAAUCAGGAUGCAGCAUCGCCAGCGACUCGGGGAGUAGCAGCCUAUCAGAUAUUUACCAGGCCACAGAGAGCGAGCUGGGAGAUGUGGACCUGUCUGGACUUCCAGAGGCUGCAGUGGACAGCGAGGAAGAGGAGGAGGAAGAUGAGGACCUGGAGAGAGCGUCAGACACUCUUGUAGGCCGAGACUUGGUCCGAGAGUGUCUGGAAAAAGAGCCAGCAGACCGAAACGAUGACGACAUUGAGCAACUGCUGGAGUUCAUGCAUCAGCUGCCUGCCUUUGCCAACAUGACCAUGUCUGUGCGGAGAGACCUGUGCAGCGUGAUGGUGUUUGAGGUGGUGGAGCAGGCAGGCACGGUCAUCCUGCAAGACAAAAAGGAGCUGGACCUCUGGUAUGUUAUCCUGAACGGGGCAGUGGAGAUCAGCCAUCCAGAGGGGAGAGUGGAGACUCUUUGCAUGGGCAACAGCUUCGGCAUCUCGCCCUCACUGGACAAACAGUUCAUGAACGGAGAAGUUCGUACCAAGGGGGACGACUGCCAGUUCGUCUGCGUGGCCCAGGAGGACUACUGGCGCAUCCUCAACCAUGUGGAAAAGAACACGCACAAGGUGGAGGAGGAGGGGGAGAUCGUGAUGGUAAAGGAGCACCGCGAGCUGGACCGCAGCGGGACCAGGAAGGGACACAUUGUCAUCAAGGGAACCCCCGAGCGUCUGAUCAUGCACCUGGUGGAGGAGCCGUCGGUGGUGGACCCCACUUACAUCGAGGACUUCCUGCUGACCUACAGGACUUUCAUCUCAAAUCCCAUGGAGGUCGGCAGGAAACUGCUGGAGUGGUUUUAUAUGGACAACCUUCGAGACACAGUGACGAGAAUAGUGCUGCUGUGGGUCAACAACCACUUCAACGACUUUGAGGGCGACCCGGCCAUGACACGCUUCCUGGAGGACUUUGAGAGACAUCUAGAAACUGCAAAAAUGAAGGGCCAUUUGAGGCUGCUGAAUAUAGCAUGUGCGGCCAAGGCGAAGUGGAGACAGGUCACUCUGCAGAAGGCUUCCAGGGAGUCUCCGCUCUACUUCAGCGUGCAGGGCGGCAGCGAGAGAGGGUUCGGCAUCUUUAUUGAGUCGGUGGAACCAGGGAGCAAGGCAGCCGAGGCCGGACUCAAACGGGGAGAUCAGAUCAUGGAGAUCAAUGGUCAAAACUUUGAGAACAUCUCCUUCUCCAAAGCAGUUGACAUCCUGAGAAAUAACACACAUCUCGCCCUAACUGCCAAAACCAACAUAUUUGUGUUCAAAGAGCUCCUGAGCAGGAUCACGCACGAGAAGAAGAACGGCGUCCCUCACAUUCCCAAGAUCCAGGAGAAAAAAGGAAAUCGCUUCUCCAUCCCCGACCUUCCCGGAGACAUGGAGUUCCCGACAGACCACAAGAGCACGAGGAAAAUGAAGGCCAACACUGUGUCAGGAGGACGGAACAAGAUCAGGAAGAUGCUGGAGAAGACGCGCUUCAGUAUUCUGCCACCCAAACCAUUCAGGGGCCUGUUUCGUGACGGGGGCAUGGGUCAGUCUCAGGAUGACAGCAUUGUGGGUACCAAGCAGUGUCGGCACAGUGUGGCAAUCAUGCCCAUCCCCGGCAACCUGUCGUCAAGCAGCCCCGACCUGCUGCACCCGGCCGCCAGCGUCCUCGACUUCUCCAACCCCGCAGCUCUGGGACUCUACUAUAUCCCAGACCAGGUGAUCCGGGUGUUUAAGGCCGACCAGCAGAGCUGCUACAUCAUCAUCAGUAAGGACACCACCGCCAAGGAUGUGGUCUCACACACUGUCAACGAGUUCGGCCUGGUGUCAGCACCCGAGACCUACUCCCUCUGUGAGGUGUCAGUCAGCCCGGAGGGAGUCAUAAAACAGCGCCGCCUCCCCGACCAGCUCUCCAAACUGGCUGAUCGGAUCCAGCUCAACGGCAGGUACUACCUGAAGAACAACAUGGAGACGGAGACGUUGUGUUCGGACGACGAUGCUCAGGACCUCCUCAGAGAGAGUCAGAUCACUCUGCUGCAGCUCAGCACCAUGGAGGUCGCCGCCCAGCUGUCCAUGAGAGACUUUGAGCUCUUCAGGAACAUCGAGUCCACAGAAUAUGUGGACGACUUGUUUAAACUGGACUCGUCGCUGGGAAGCGGUAAUCUGAAACAGUUUGAGGAGGUGAUAAACCAGGAGACCUUCUGGGUGGCCACGGAGAUCCUGAGGGAGCCCAACGCCCUGAAGAGGAUGAAGACCAUCAAACACUACAUCAAGAUCUCCCUGCACUGCAGAGAGUGCAAGAACUUCAACUCCAUGUUCGCUAUUAUCAGCGGGCUGAACUUGGCUCCCGUGGCUCGGCUGCGCAGCUCGUGGGAGAAAUUGCCCAGUAAGUACGAGAAGCUGUUCGGAGACCUGCAGGAUGUCUUCGACCCGUCCCGGAAUAUGUCAAAGUACCGCAAUGUGCUGAGCAGCCAGAGCAUGCAACCUCCCAUCAUCCCCCUGUUCCCCGUCGUCAAGAAGGACCUCACCUUCUUACAUGAAGGCAAUGACUCCAGUGUCGACGGCCUCGUGAACUUUGAAAAGCUGAGGAUGAUCGCCAAGGAGAUCAGACACGUGGUGCGGCUGACCUCGGCCAACAUGGACCCCGCCCUCAUGUUCAGACAGAGGAAGAAGAGGUGGAAGAGUUUAGGGUCUCUGAGUCAAGGCAGCACCAACUCCAACAUGCUGGACGUGCAGGGCGGCGCCCACAAGAAGCGAGUGCGUCGCAGCUCGCUCCUCAACGCCAAGAAGCUGUAUGAAGACGCUCAGAUGGCCAGGAAGGUGAAGCAGUACCUGUCCAACCUGACGGUGGAGAUAGACGAGGAGAAGCAUCAGUUCAGCUCCCUGCAGUGUGAGCCGUCCUACAGCACCUUGUCUAAGAACCUGAGUGAGAGACGGUCCACGAAGUCGGACAUGUCUCCGGUGUCCCUGCGCUCCACUCUGCCCUCGGGGAAAACUCAGAACAGAGUCUCCCAAGUCCUUCAGGUGCAGGUCCCUCUGAACCCUCUCCGGAAGAAGAGCACAGCCAAGGACAUCGGCCAACCAACCUUCAACACUCCCCAGGUAAUAAAGAAAGCUCCAGUGCCCUCAUCGGAGGAGUGGAUCACCAAGAGACCCUCUGAUGACACCGUCUCCACCAUCUCCUCCCUUCACUCCAGCCCUACGGUGUCGCCUCAGGGCUCCCCACGAAAAGUGGGAGGCGUGGCCAAGUCCCAUAACUCCAGCCAGAUGAACCUGUCGGGAUCUUCCUCAUCACUGACCAGUGACGUCAGCACAAAGACGGGAACCAUCAGCCUGAGGAGCUACGGCAUAGGUUACGCUCUCCUGCCAGCGGGUAAAGUAGACAACCUGUCGGACUCGAGUCACAGCGAGAUCUCGUCCCGCUCCAGUAUCUGCUCGGUGGACUCGGUGCCCCCCCCCGGGCUGGACGACAGGUGUAGCAGCAGCUCCAGGACCAGCUCUGCUGCGCUUGCUGUUACCACAGCAACCGCUGCUGCUCCUCCUAUUGCUGAGAGCUCAGCAGCAUCACAUGCACACGUAAACGCUGAUUACAACCAGGCCAGCACAAGUAGUUCCUCGUCAAUGUCUCGAGGAUACGCGUAUCAAGCCUCCACCUUCUCCUCCUCCAUCUCCACGGAGGAGCUGACCCCGGACCACACCUCUCUGGACUCGGUGGGGGACAGCGGGCGGGGCAGCUGGACGUCCUGCUCCUCCAACUCCCACGACUCCUUCCAGAGCCUCCCCCCCUCCUCCUGCCGGCCCUGGGACCACGGCAUCCACGGGCACCCGAUGGCCCUCCCCCACACACACCUGGGCAGCUUCAAGCACACACACCUGGCCGGCCCCAUCGCGGAGGUGGAGGCGGCGGCGAGACACACGUUUGCCAACGAGGACGCCACCAAGCAUCACUCCAGACAGUCCAGCUCCGAUCUGUCCAAUCAGUCGCGGCAGAGCUGGGCGUCGUCCGGCUCGCUGUCGGACACCUACGAGGGGAAUUAUGGGACGGUGAAGCGGCGAAACACCUCGGAGCACGCCUCCUCUCCCACCAACGAGGAAGGAGGGCAAAGCACAGACCCCGCCUACAAAACCGUGACGUCAAGCACAGAUAAAGGCCUGAUAGUGUACUGUAUCACAUCCCCUUCCAAGGAUGAGCGUUACCGAGCUCCCCCUCCCACCCCUCCAGGCUACCAGGGUCUGGCUCUGGGGGACCUCGGCCUCUCAGACGGAGUGGUAGUGGGGCCCGGAGUCCUCCUCCCCCGGCCCCCCCACCUCAGACCUCCAGAGUACAGCGUGGCGCUGCAGAGGAGCAAACUGCUAAAGAGCCCCGGAGCGGCGGGGGGGCUGGCCGAGGCGCGGAGGCUGGCGGGGAACCAUCACCUCCACAAGCAGGAGGCCCGGACUGCCGGCCCCCCCCAGGUCCACUCCAGACCCCCCAGCAUCUGCCUCCCCCCCCAGGAUCUGGCUGACAGCGAGGAUGAUGAGCAAGUGUCAGCAGUGUGAAGGCGGGGUCUCCACCCUCACACACACAUUCUCACACACGGACCAAGUGGUGUCGCUCAGGCGUUGGACUGAACUCACUGCGUUUCAGAGCACAUUCUCCAAGCCCCGCCCACACAGCCCUGUGUGACAUCACCGUGGACCACAAUGCACCUCUCGACCCACCCAUUGGAUCAUGUGACCCAAUGGGUGGGUCUCCCAAGACUUGUACAAUCAUAUAUUUUGUAAAACCCAUUUCACAGACAAAGAAGAAAAAGAAAGAAUUGAAAUACUUUUUAAAAACUCUUGAACAAAGCAGAGGCAGGCGUUCGUGGAAAAGGACAAAGAAAGGAAGGAAGGAAAAAGUGACAAUUAACGACGUCUCGCGAGAAGAAUCGGCCUCUUUGGAAACAGACCACAAUGUACCUCCAUUUUCAAGCUCUCUGUUUUUGGGGAGUUUCACAUUGUUUUUAAGGUUUUAUUAUCUUCAUUUCUGAGCUUUGCAAAGUUAAAUUGUGAGGAGCAGAAAAGGAUAGAAAGCUGUAGUCAGAGGGGAAGGUGGGAUAUUUUAAUUUUUCGCUUGCUGUCAGCUCAAAAGAAGAUGAAUGUAGACGAAUAGAAACACACAGAAAAACAUUUAGUGGUCUUCAUGGACCUCUAUCCAACCCUGGCACUGAUGAUGUUCAUUUACAAAUCAGUUCCCACACAAACAAAUGAAACCAUAUUUCACUCCACCUAAGAGGCGACAAUUAGAAAUGAAACUCCUGAAGUCACAGAGAUGAAUUCUUAUUGUGUUUACCACUUUGUUUAGCUUUUAUCUGAGCGUCUCUCAGGCAGUUGUGUGUCUUGAAGUCACGCUCUCCCCCCCCCCUUUCUUAUCGCCCGUUCAGUCUGACGCGAGGUACUUUAGCGGCAUGCUGCCUCCUGGAUGUUCUAUAAAAACUGUAUUAUAACUCGUUUUUAAUGAGCUGAAGAACAAAAUGCCUCGCUGCUUCGUGUAGAGUACAACGCGUGUCCUUAUUUUAUUGCAGCAGCUAUAAUAAAACGAUAAAUUAGCACUGUGUGGUCGCACAACGCGCAUGCAUAUACACACACACCACGAUCUAAGAGGGUGUGCGUAAAUACAAAGGACAGUGUUUACACCGACACGUUUUGUUUACAGUGUUUAUUAGACCAGUCGUAUUACAAGCAGAGAUGUUAAAGUAUAAUGCUUACGGUUUAUUUGACCUUGUACAUUUGUUUAUAGAGCAACAGGGAUAUGAGAUGCAGCAUAAACUUCGACUCUCACAGUGUACCCCUCGUAUCGCAUCUUAUUUAAAAGAACGAGCGACAAAACGAGUCGACAGAUUAUGUAUUCUAACGCUUGCAUCUCCAUUCCAUGUUCAUAGUACAUUUUGUAGACUAUUUAAGGAUUUGCUUGAACAUUUGUCUAUUUGUAUUGAAAACAGAAGCACAUUUGUACAUUCUGGCUGAUGCUUUGGAGACGGAGAACUUGUUUUGAAUUGUGUUGAUCUGCAGCGGGGGUGUAACUGGAAUAUGACGUUCUUCCCUUUCCUCUGUGACGCUUCUUUUGUAUUGUUUUGCCACACAAAGACUUGAAAUGACUCAUGCUAAUAUAUACAUGGCAUAUAUACGAAUUUAUACAUAGAUAUUUUUGUUUUUCCUUUGCCAUAAAUUAACGUCAUGUAUAGAUGAGAGAAGAGAGUCCUCUAUAAAGGCUAUUUUUGAAUAUUUUGUUAUAAGAAAUAAUCCAAGGUUGUGAUUGCCCAGUUUCUGUCGACGGGCAGGAAUCUUUAAGGAAUUUCUGUUAGUUUUUACUCAUAAUCAUGACUUGUUGUCUCCCCUCACACUCUGUUGUUGGUGCCAUUUCUGCUCCAUAUAUAAUCGUUAUUGCUGCUGUGUUUUGGGAUGAGUGUGCGACUGUGUGUGUGUGUGUGUGUGUGUGUGUGUGUGUGAGAGAUGGAAUUAUAUUUGCAAAAUCAACAUAGCAUUUUUUCACUCCCCUUUGGAUUUGGCAUGCGGCACAUAAGGAAAGGCUCAGAAGUCAUUUCCUGUGAAAGCCCUUUUGCAGCAGUGAUUGCUCCUGCUUACGGCGCGAUGCAUUCAAACUCAGGCUGGUGAUUGAAAGGACUACGCUUUUGUAUCCCGGAACAAGCCCUGCCACCAUGCUGUGUCUGGUAUAAUCUAUGUUUCCCUCUCAGCUCUGUCAAUUCAGCGGGACUUUCAUUUUUCAAAUGUUCUCCUUACUGUACUCGUUUAAUGGAUAUCCUUAAGGGUCUUACAUGAAUCAUGAGUAUCCCACUGUGAGCCUUGCCGUACUCCCUUUUUCCUUUAAAAUCUCAGCAGCAGAAAAACUUCAAAACAGACUGAGUCCUGUUUUUUUGCACAACUGUAUUCCUUUUAUUUUACCAUAAACCAGUAUUAAUGUUCUCUGUACACAGAUCUUAGUGAGAGGAAAUGCUAUAUAUAUAUUUACCAGCUUUUAUAAUGAGCUCUAAUCAUGACACCGGAAGAGUUUUGUGGUUAUCCAUACUAUUAUUGUACAGACUUUUAAUGAAACUGGCUCCACGUUGGACAUUUGUUUUAUUUCUCUCAUAAGCACUCCGACAUUUUACCUUCUUUUUUUUUUUCAGGGAUAAAUCAUUUUUUGUAGUCACCCUUUUUUCUCCGAUUCUAAAUACAAUAGGUGUGUUUUCAUGGAGGAUCCGGCAGUGAGCACUGAACACAACAUGUCAGUGUUUUAGACAACAUUACCCCCCCCCCCGCGCCAUUUUACCUGGAAUGCAAUCAGAGAGAUGUGAAUGUGUUUUUUUUAGUCGACAUCUUUUUGGCAUUACAGCAGAAAUGCACAACAAUAAGCUUGGAUGUGGUGAGUGUGCUGCACAAUCUGUACAGAGCUGUUAACUCGAUCUGUGGCUUAACGUUUGCUUUUGUCUCACACUUCUCAUAGCUGUUGUAACUUAUGUCUUUUAGAAAGACAACAUGAUUUUGCUCGUAUGCUUUUUAUGUAUUUUUUACGAGUGAUUGUAAAUAGUUGUUAUAUUUUUGUUUAAGAGAAUGUUUAAAAAGGAAAAAAUACCUUUUAUUUCUCCAAGUCUACUGAUAUGAAUUUGGACAAUGAAUAAAAUGUUAAACAGAAACAA